GGUCCUGGGCGGGUGAAAGCUCAGACUUCAUCUCACUUCGCAGAGGAGAAGGCAGAGAGAUCCAAGCAAGAAAGUGGUCCGAAGGGAGAGAGUCAGUCAUCGAUCCGGACCAACUAGGACUUUUUAACCAUUCCGCAACGAGACCUAAAAAAAAGCAGGACCUCUCCACUCCCCCUUUUCUUCCGUACCAUGCCCUCGACUUCCAGGACUGGAAGGAAACCCGUUUGCUGAACUUCUGGUGGUUCUGCUCCGCCAGUCCCCUGUGGAUCUAAUGACCGUGCCAAGGUUCCAGGGUCGCUUCUUGACCUUUGUAUGAGCAGGGCGAUCCGUGGGAAGCAGUUUGGUGCGGAAGGAAGGCCGCAUAGGCCCGGCUCUCCGGCCCCCGCGUCCUGGAGGACCGGGGCACCUGGCUCCUCUCGCCCCGGCCCGGGAAGAUGGGCAGCAAAGCGUUGCCGGCGCCCAUCCCGCUCCACCCGUCGCUGCAGCUGACCAACUACUCGUUCCUGCAGGCGGUCAACACGUUCCCCGCGGCGGUGGACCACCUGCAGGGCCUGUACGGGCUGAGCGCGGUGCAGACCAUGCACAUGAACCACUGGACCCUGGGCUACCCCGCCGUGCACGAGCUGGCCCGCUCCACCCUGAGCGAGAUGGCGACGGCGCAGGGGCUGGUGGAUGCCCGCUUCCCCUUCCCGGCCUUGCCCUUGGCGGCCGGGCACCUGUUCCACGCGAAGCCCGGCGCGGUGGCCCACGUGCUCCCGGCCCUGCGCAAGGAAAGGCCGCGCUUCGACUUUGCCCACCUGGCCGCGGCCGCCACCCAGGAGGACCCCCCGAAGCCGGGGGACCCCACCAAGCUGACCCCUGGCCCGGCCGGACCCCUGUCGGCCGGCGGCAGGCUGACCCCGGACCGGAAGCCCGCCCGGGGCCGCUUGCCCUCCAAGACGAAAAAGGAGUUUAUCUGCAAGUUCUGCGGCAGACACUUUACCAAAUCCUACAACCUGCUCAUCCACGAGCGGACCCACACCGACGAGAGGCCUUACACCUGCGACAUCUGCCACAAGGCCUUCCGGAGGCAGGAUCACCUGCGAGAUCACAGGUAUAUUCAUUCCAAAGAAAAACCCUUCAAAUGUCAGGAAUGUGGGAAAGGAUUUUGUCAAUCCAGAACUCUGGCAGUUCACAAAACCUUACACAUGCAGGAAUCUCCACACAAAUGUCCCACAUGUGGAAGAACCUUUAAUCAGAGAAGUAAUCUGAAAACUCACCUUCUCACCCAUACAGACAUCAAGCCCUACAACUGCGAGCAGUGCGGCAAAGUGUUCAGGCGAAACUGUGAUCUGCGGCGGCACAGUCUGACUCACACACCGCGGCAGGACUUCUAGAGAAGCCAAGGAUCUAUUUCCC